AUGGCCAAUGAAGCGGUGGACUACACGAUCAAGCCGGAGGCUACGGCCUCCAACAUUAGCACUGAGGACUGGCCUCUGCUGCUCAAAAACUACGACAAGCUCUUGGUCAGGACUGGACAUUUUACCCCCAUUCCCGCCGGCUGCUCUCCCCUCAAGCGAGACCUGAAGUCGUACAUUAACUCCGGUGUAAUCAACCUGGACAAGCCUUCGAACCCGUCCAGUCACGAAGUCGUUGCUUGGAUGAAGAGGAUCCUGAGGGCGGAAAAGACUGGACACAGUGGCACUCUUGAUCCCAAGGUUACUGGUUGCUUGAUUGUUUGCAUUGACCGUGCCACUCGCCUGGUCAAGUCCCAACAAGGUGCCGGAAAGGAGUACGUCUGCGUGAUCCGUCUCCACGACAAGAUCCCCGGUGGUGAGGCUCAGUUCAAGCGCGCACUCGAGACUCUCACUGGUGCUUUGUUCCAACGCCCCCCUCUGAUCUCCGCCGUCAAGCGUCAGCUUCGUAUCAGAACGAUUCACGAGAGCAAGCUCUAUGAAUUCGACAAUGACAGACAUCUCGGCGUCUUCUGGGUCAGCUGCGAGGCUGGUACAUAUAUUCGAACUCUCUGCGUUCACCUUGGACUUCUUCUUGGUGUUGGUGCGCACAUGCAAGAACUCCGACGUGUGCGAAGUGGAGCCAUGGAUGAGAACAGCGGCAUGGUCACUUUGCACGACGUCUUGGAUGCGCAGUGGCUGUACGACAAUCAGCGUGAUGAGACCUACCUGCGUAAGGUCAUCAAGCCUCUUGAGACUCUCCUCACCACCUAUAAGCGUAUUGUUGUCAAGGACAGCGCCGUGAACGCUGUCUGCUACGGUGCCAAGUUGAUGAUCCCCGGUCUGCUGCGCUUCGAGGCCGGCAUUGAACUUGGUGAGGAAGUUGUUCUCAUGACCACCAAGGGUGAGGCCAUCGCUAUUGGUAUCGCUCAGAUGUCCACUGUUGAACUUUCCACCUGCGACCAUGGCGUCGUUGCCAAGGUCAAGCGUUGCAUCAUGGAGCGCGAUCUUUACCCUCGCAGAUGGGGUCUUGGGCCUGUUGCUUUGGAGAAGAAGAAGCUCAAGUCUGCCGGAAAGCUUGACAAAUAUGGACGUACCAACGAGGCCACUCCCGCCAAGUGGAAGUCUGACUACAAGGAUUACAACGCACCGGAAGAAGGCUCUGCACAGCCAGCAGUUGACGCUGCUCCCAAGGAAGAAGCAGAGCCCAAGGAGGAGGCUUCUCCAGAGGCCAACGAUAGCAAGAUGGAUAUCGAUGAUGAUGAUGACGAUGAUGAUAAGAAGAAGCGCAAGAGGCACGAAGGUGAGACCGCUGAAGAGCGUGCCGAACGUAAGCGCAAGAAGAAGGAGAAGAAGGAGAAGAAGGAGAAGAAGGAGAAGAAGGAGAAGAAGGAGCGACGGAAGUCCAAGCAGGAAAAAGAAGACAGCGACGAGAGUGAUUGAGUCAUUCCAGGAAGUCACUUGCCGCGCUCCUUCCUUCCUCGCUAGAAGAUGUCACCAUGCCGACAGCGAAGAAUUGUUCGGGCAAGAUUCCUGUAUCAUAUUUGUUUUCUUCUUGGAGUCUUGGGUUGAAAAGGGAAUGAGUUAUAAUUCGCUUGAUCUUUUACAUGUCCUUGUUUGCCAUUACACAGUUAAGAGCAUGAUUUCAAAUGGCAUGAAUUCAUAUUUUCCAGACAUUUAUCCCAAUUUAUGAACCAGAUACAGUAGACAUGUAACGUUAGCUGAUUGGAUGAUUG